GCACCGGGGUAAUUUACCAAUUACGAACAGAAUCACUAUUUUUAAACUGUCAAUCGAAAGGAAGGCACAAAAUCAACAAAACUACGCUAAUGUCACUCGAAAGAAUGCAAGAACUGUCAAAGCUUGAUGACGCGCGUCAAACAAAACGUCAAAACUGUCACAAACGUCAGAACAGUUGACAGAGCUGUCAUCAUAGGUAAAUAAAAGCGCAAACAAGCUCUCGAAAUCACUUUUAAACUGAAAAAUCAAUAACCAUGGCGGACCAACGGAACCUGCCCGCGGCAAACAUGGUGAAGCAGUGCAGCGCCUGUGGCCACAACUCGACCUCGUACAAGGGAAGCUUCAUCCGGGUGCCCCGCGAGGAAGACAAACGCCGGAUGUGGCUAGUCAGGCUGGGGAUCGUCGAAGAUGAUGAACCACUUCCGAUCCGGACGUUUUUCGUGUGCCAGGACCACUUUGACAUGAAGAGGGAUUUCAAACCUGUUGGCGGCGGAAUACGGCUCCGUUCAGGGACACUACCGUGGCGCAAUUUGGCCAACGGAGAGCACUCCUACCACGGGUUGGAUGCCCAACCAUCGGCAGGAAAGAGCAGUGCGGAAUGUGUUUGCCGGUGCUGUCUCAAGCGGAAGAUUCGAUCGUUCAUGGGUCCUGAAAGUCGGCCAGCGUUCAGCCAAACCAACGACUUUGACCUGUGUUCGGCGCCAACCAUCCGGAAGUUACCUGUCGGUGCGUUCCUGUGCUGGUUUUGUCGGGGAACCAGCGGGCUGAAGGCGCUCUUUUCCGGUGGCAGUGCACUGUUUCCUGUUUUGCUGGACCAAAUCUACACCGUGACGGGAAUUCUGCUAAAUUCCGCCAAAAAUGAGGACGCGCUCAUCUGCAAGGGAUGUCAGCUGCAGGUCGAGCAGAGCUGGGCCUUCCGGUUGCGUGCCAGGGCUUGCUUCGGACCGGACGGAAUGUUUAUUAGUUCGAAGAAGGACCACACUAAACGGGAAACUGCGCAGCCAGCUCGGGUGGUGCCAGAAACGGUCGCGAAUGUGUCAAAUCCGAUACCAAUGAGGAACGUUUCGAAACGGGUUGCGCUGCCAAAGGCAGUUCUUACGGCAAAGGUAGUCCAGAAAGCAGUUCGCAGUGUUCCCAAGCCGGUACGAACUGUCUCAAAGCAAUUGGCUGUCCAAGAACCGGAACACUUUCUCUUCGAGGUGGAACCGCUGGACGAACCGGAAGUUAAGCGCAUCAAGCUGGAACCACCGAGUGAGGAGUACGAACCCUUGCAUUUCAAAACGGAACCCGUGCUUGUCAAGAUCGAAAAUUUCCGACAUCCGCGCACGAUGACCGAGAUUGAGGAACUAACCCGGUGCCGGUUGUGCUUCUCGCCGAACAACCUGACGGACGCGGUAUUUCCCGCCACGGGCGAUCCCAACGAGGAGCUGAUGGGGAUGAUUUACGCGUGCACCUCGGUCCGGAUCAGCUUCGAGCGGGACUUUCCGUGCGCCGUGUGCAGCAGCUGCGUCCGCAUCGUGAACCAGUUUUACGCGUUCCGGCGCAAGUGCCGCAGCAACGACCGGGAGCUGAAACGGACGCGCGGGGAGAAGGGUUUCGACGAGGGGAGUGAGGAGGAGGAUGACGAGGGGAACGAUCCUUUGGGGAGCGGAAGGAUGAAGUGGGAAGCUGGAGGAGAUGAUCGGUUCUAUGGGAAGAUGAAGCAACAGAUUCAGAGUUAUCUGAAGAAGCAGGUUGCCGAGCUUGAGAAGAGGGCGUUGGCCAUGGUUCGAGAGGGACUAAAGAAUACGAAUGGAGGAGACGUUUCCGGAGUUCAAGCCAGCGCAUUACAAAUGACUGUUGAGGGUGCUUUUGGAGGAAAUGACAUGAUGGAACAGAACGAUUCUACCGGAUACGAUGCAUUCCAAGACUACGAUGGAGAUGAUGAACCACUAGAAGACGAUAAACCUAAAGAUGACAGCAAAAACAGUCUGUUGACCGACGGAACGGACUGGAAGACGAAAUACGAGACACUGCAGAAGAAUAAUGACCUGCUUCAGAAAGCAUUCCGGGAUCAGCGCAGCAAACUGAAGGACACCGAGCAGCUGCUGAAAACUGUCAAACGGCAGAAAUCUUCCGGAAAUUUCACGGAUACGUCCAACGCUCCCGAGGGCGUUGGUUUCAAGACACAUCCGGCCAUUCCGGAAGUAUCGCUGCAGUUCCUGCAGGACCUGAACUACAAAUCUGGCCCCGGGGAAAAGGGUGAUCGAUGCUUUAUCAGCAAGCUUGCGGUGGCCGUGUUUGGGGUUGACACGCUGGUGAACUCCAGCGUUACUGGACGGCCGUCGAACGCACACCGGGACCUGCCACCGAAGCCAUCGCUGUGUCCGCAGAAAAUGGCCGCCAUUGGACUGAAGCUCUUCGAGCGUGUCCAGCUGGAGGUGGGCGUCGCAAACCAGGAGGAGCUGCUGGCCCGAACGACGGACCGGCUCGUGCGGCUGACCGUGUGCCAAAAGUCGAUGAAUCUGCGCAAGCAGUUUUUCAAGCACAACGGCAGUAGCAGCGCCGACGGAACGGGCACCGGGAUGGACGAGGAGUAUCUGGAGGAGCAAGUGCCUGCGACGAAGAAGCGUCGGCGUUAGCAGUUAAACAUGCGUAUUGGGCGAAUGUAAAGUUUUUUUUUUUGUUGAGAAGAGAGAAAAUCCCUUUUUGCAUUCGGUUUCACGUGCACAUCAACUGAUUCAAUAUCAUGACGUCAAUCUACUAAGCGUGCUCGAUUCGAGCAGUGCAGUCUCAAUCCUCUGUCAACGGUUUCCACUAGCAGCAAGCGCCGCGAGAAGAGAAAGCAAAACCUCAUGCGGUGCGCGCUCGGCGAGAGGUCGUCGACCUACCCGGGACGUGCAUCUCGCUCUGCCUGCCGCGGUGGCCUUCAGCGUCGCGCUCUCGCCUACUGCUGUUGGAGGCCAUGUUUGUGCUGUGCGGGUAGCCGAGCGGCGGCCUACUAAUCGAGAAGAGUGUGUUGUGCGAAAUGUGCAGCUGAUUCAUGCAUACAGACGCGUGCCGUCUCGUUCGCGCACUCGCACAGCAGCGGCAACCUUCAAGCGCGGUGACGGCUGUUUGCGGGUACCUCCCCAUGCGCCUACCAUACAGUCGCGUACCCCGCCCCGCGUAGCUGAACGGCGAGGGACAACCCAGUGGCACCGAACGCUGCCAUGGUGAAUAAAUUUGACAUUUAUUUGUUAUUGACCUCGCGCUUAGCUUGGGUGGAGUGAGCGAGACGGGUGCCGUGUGCGAGGGAACGGCCAGUGAGCGAUUCGAUAGGUAUCUGUCUUCGUGGAAGCAAUUUCAAGCAGCAGCUUCAACGGGAGUGUGAAGGAAAAAGAAAAGUACAAGCAGAAAAAUAUAGUGGCUGGCGAAAAAAGUGCACUUCUGGUCGCAAAUUGGCCAUUUUUUGGGCCUUGCUGUCCGCUGGGUGUAGUGGAGUGCGCACCGGAAGUCGGUAGGCUUCAGGAAGAUCACAUAGUCACGUAAGGGGAUGGUAUGGUGACGAGUUGGAAGG